UGUGAUCAGUGAGCUGCUGAAGUCCGGACCGAGAACACGCAGUGGGACGUUUCCUCUCAGACACUUGGACUAUAUAAAGUAAACUCUGGUCUUUUACACGUUUACAGAAAGGACAAUCCGUCCAUUUUACGCACAACAAUUCACACAGUGGACUUUAAUUUUUUUGGUUUGAAACUGGAGUAGGAGCCGUGUCGGAAGAUGCUUCAGACGAUCUGAGAGCUUUCUCCGUCCUUCGGGACAUUUAAGGACGUACAGCUGUGUUUUGUUUUUCUGUUUGUUUGCUUUGGGACGUGUCUGCAUGGAUUACAUUUAAACAUCACCUGUAUCGUCACGUUGUUUGGGACUAAAAGUAGCCUAACGCACAGAAAGCGCAGCGCCCUCUCUCCAAUGAAAUAUCUGCCUUCAGGAUCAGUAAGUAAGCGGAUCGAGCUCAGUGAGACCAGCGACAGUGCAAAGUCCCGUCCCGGUGCUGUGGUCUCUUUGUUGACCCCUCUGGACCCUCUUCGGCAGGCAAAGCGGCUUCCCAUCCGAGUUAUCAAGAUGUUGACCGCGCACACUGGACACUUGCUACACCCGGAGUAUUUACAGCCUCUGACGCCCGCACCAGUCAGCAUUGAGCUGGAUGCCAAGAAGAGUCCACUGGCCCUGCUGGCACAGACCUGCUCGCAGAUCGGUAAACCAGACCCUCCGUCCUCCUCCAAGCUGGGCUCCUCCUGCAGCCAGGGGGACAAGGAGUCCAGCAGUCGGUCAUCCAGCUCCAGCCUGAAGCUUGGGGAGCACCGCCCCUCCCUGGAGGACAAGUGCAGCUUCAAGCCCUACAACAAAGGCAGCGCAGACUGUCGCAGAGACGGAGUUACCAGCAGCAGCUCCAACGGCAGCAGCAGUGAUAAAGUCGGGUUCAGGGUACCCAGCAAUAAUGUUCACACUAAUGGAAGCUCAACCAACAGCCAGCAGUCCUAUCCGCCCCAUGCUGCUUCGCCCAGCUCCAGAGCCAGCAGUGGCACCCCACCAGGACACACUCAGCAGCCUCACAAACAGAGCCAGUCUCCUGGUGGACAGACAACGUCACACUCCCAGACUCCUAGUGGAGAAACUGCACAUGAGCAGGGAAGUCCCACCAGCACAAGCAGCAAUAAUCCCAAAAAAGACAUCGAUGUACACAAGGCCAACUCGGACAGUCCACAUGAUGCAAACUCCAGCCACGUUCGAGCCAGUACGAACUGCAGUAACGGCAGCUCUGAUGGUGGUUCCAACCACGAGGGAGGUAAAGCAGAGUCUGCCCAGCCGAACCUUGGCCCUGGACGCAUUACACCUAUUUCCCCAUAUAAGACAAGCCAACCACUCUUUCCCCUUCCGUCCUCUAAUAUGGGCUACCACGGAUCUGUAGUGGGGGCUUAUGCAGGCUACCCGUCUCAGUUUGUACCCGGGCUGGACCCAACAAAAUCGAGCCUCGGCAUAGGAGGCAUGGGAGUUCCAGGAAAGCACCCGAGCUCCAGCCCCCUCACUGGUGCCUCCCCUCCUUCCUUCAUGCAGAGUUUAUGCAGGGACCCCUACUGUCUAAGCUACCCAGGUGUAUCCCAUCUCGGUGGAAGCAACUGCAACUCCUGCAUCCACGACCCUACCUCCACCCUCAAAUCAAACUUCCCAUUGGUGUACCCCUCCCACCCGCUCCACUCCCUCCACCAAAGCUCUAUGUCAUCCAGUGUGUCCUCUUCCCUCUCACACCCCCUCUACACGUACGGCUUCAUGCUCCCCAACGACCCCCUGCCUCACGCCUGUAACUGGGUCUCAGCCGGGGGGCCGUGCGACAAACGUUUCACCACGUCCGAAGAGCUCCUGGCUCACCUCCGUACACACACCGCCCUGCCUGUGGGGAUGGACAGUAAGCUUCUCUCUGUUUCCUCCUCUGGACCUGCGUCCUGCCACCUUCACCUCCCACACCAGAGCAACCCAGGCUCCAUGCCCAGCUCCCUCUCCCUCAGGGCGCCCCCCAGCCUGGGUUUAGCUCGCUAUCACCCCUACAGUAAGGUCCAUCUGCCCCCUGGACCCUCCUCCAUCUCCCUGCACUCUCUGCCCACCACAGGCCCCUACUACCCUCAUUACGCUCUCUACAGUCAAAGACUUGGAUCUGCUUCUGCUCUGGGCUUCCAGUGAUACACCCUCCACUUACAUGAUUAAAGGAAUAGUUCAGCAUUUUUUGAAAUAUGCUUAUUAAUUUCUCUGGCGGAGAGUUAGAUGAGAAGAUUGACACCACACUCAUAUUAUUUGUCUGGUUAGCUUAGCUUAGCACAAACACUGAAAACAGAGGGAAACAGGCUCUUUACAAAGGUAACAAAAUCCACCUGUCAGCUCCUCUAAAGCUCAUGAAUCAACUUUUGAUCUUUUUGUUAAGAAAUAGUCCAACACAUAACCCCUCGUAAAAUGGGGAUAUUAUGAUUUUACACUUCAGUUUUUGAAGCAUUAAAUAAAUAUAGAUAUAGGAUUAAUUAGCGAGCUUCAGAGGUGCUGCUGGUCAGAGCCUGGCUAGCUGUUUUCUGCUGUUUCAAGUCUUUGUACUAAGCUAAGCUAACCUGCUUGUAGCUUUAUAUUUAACAAAUAACAUACAAGGGUGGUUUUAUUCUCCUCGUUGACUUUGCAGCCAAAACACCAAUAAGCAUAUUUCCAAAAUGCCAGACUAUUACUUUAAGCUUCACUUAAUUGCUGGAAGGUGCUGCUUCCUCUGACUUAAGACUGGAUUCAAGUGGAUGUGGGAGUGCAAGUCCUGGAUUUUGACUUGAGUGCAUCUUCACACUUUCUUUAUACAUUAAAUAUGAGAUUCGGAGUUUCCAGUCAGGCCCCACUCCUGAACAUCAGAGGACACAUGUGGCUCUUGCAUGUCUGCACAUUGCUCGGAUACUUUUGCAACAGAAAUGACUGCCCUUGGGUGACUUUUGCCGCCCCAUGGGCUCAGCAAAUUGAUAGUUGGACGCUGUGUAAUGGCUCUUGGAUGUUCAGGGUUCUCGCUGCAAAUGAUGAUGAUUUAGUGCAGAAAAAUGUAGUGUGGCAGGGAUGGCAAUAAGCUGCAGCCGUGGGCUGAUGCAAGUCUGGCCACAGUCGCUUUCUCCGUGCAAGAGAUGCAUGUAAGCUCGACACAGCAUACACGUCUAACUGUUUAUUCAGCCCCAUGGUUCGUGAUGGUUUGUUUUGGUUCCUUAUGUUUUGUUUAUUCCUACUGAGAAGUUGUAUUUAUUUUUUACCGGGAAUCUGGCUUUCAUGUUUACCAUAUAAAUCUAUUCUCAUUUUACAAUCCUUCGAGCAGACGUGUUGGGAGCCCAGAUGACAGAUAUGUCUUAAAACUUCUUUGAGAAUGAAUGUUAAAAUCACAUCUCUCUCUCUCUCUCUCUCUGAACUCCUCAGCUUUCUGAUUUUUUUUUCACAGCAAAUUAAAAAAAUGAGAUGUGAUAUUUUUUAUGUAAAAUUGGAACACCUUGUGGUGGUAAUCCAGUUAAAGGGGAGGUCAUAUUUUGUUAAAUAAAUCACACUGAAGAUGUA